AUGCUUUCCUGUCUAUCCCAGCGACGAGCUUCCGAACAUCCCAAACCACGCUCCGACCUUGACUAUCCUCUCAUGGAUCUCUCAUCCCUCGAAGGCACACCCAUGGUUAAUCCAAACUUCAUUGUUCUGCCAGAUACGAUUCCUCCUCGUAUUCAUACACAGUCGCGUGCUCCAAUUCAACAUUUACUCCCAAAGCCUCUGCCACCGAGACCUGCUUCAACGGAUCCUAUCUUGCCAACACAGCAUUACAACAGACUGCAGGAAUGGUCACCUAACUACUCUACAAUCGAUGGCAAUAUAAGGCGGGCUUCUGCCCGUAGACAUACGAGCAAUCCGCCAGACGAACUAUCCCCCAACUGCGAUCCGCAAUAUGAAUACGAGAUGUUCCCACGUAUACAACACAUCCCACAUCCUCCCGUGCGACCACGGAGCUGUGUGCCCCUCACUUGGCUCGAAGAUGAAAAGAAAUGGAUUGUUGGAGAGAGAUAUAGGCCCCGCACAUAUGAUUCUCGGCCCCGAGAUGAUACAGCGUCUUGUCAAUCACCAGUCUCGCCAAUUUCGCCCAUUUCAACAAUUACACCAUGGCAGGAUGUGUUUCAAUGUCUUGACCAGCACAUCGACUACAAUAAUCGCCUUUGUCGGGAGAAUCUUCUGAGACAGUCCCCGCCCCAUGACGGACGUAGUUUAAGAGAUGACCGGGUUUCCAACUGGGUUGGAACUGCUCGAAGGAUGCAUGAGAAUCGGCGGAAAUGGGCGUGA